AUGGAGGCUUUAGUUUUUGUGGGUUUGGAUAGUGUCAGUCAGAUGAGGUAUAGGAGGAUGGGUCAUCACUUGCUUACAAUUCUGGUAGAGAGGUGGUCGCCACAGACGAAUACUUUUCACCUCCCAGUUGGUGAAAUAAGUAUUAUGUUACAGGAUGUCUCCAUGAUAUUGGGGAUACAGAUUGAUGGACCUUCUUUUGUUGGCCACCCAGUUGUUGGUUCAGGCAGACGAUGGUUGAGUUGGCCAGAUUGUUAUGAUGAUUUACUAGGCCAGCAUCGGGACCCAGAUGUUUUGUAUCAUGACCCAUUCAAUCCACGGAUUAUAGCUAAGUUCAAGAUGGAUACUUCAAGCUCUGAAAUUCAUUUACAGUACUUGCCGUUGAUGAAAGAUAUAGCAAUAUUCAGGACAUACUCACUUGGAGGUGCAGUACUAGCUCAUUUGUAUAGGGAGCUAUCUGAAGAAACUAGACCAAAACGAGCAAACAUAGAGGGUGCAUCCACUUAUUACAGAUAUGGGCUUGGGAGCAUCUACAUGUUGGAAGACCUCAGCUUCAUAUACCAUUUCAUGUUCAGCUUAAUAGUUUGA